AUGUCAAGAUGGUCGUUGUGGUCAUCUCGAGCCAUCACACACUCUAGACGAUUCUACAGCGCAAAGGCACCUGAUAUUGAGGUUGAUAACCUUGUUGUUGGCGGAGGUGUCAUUGGAUUGGCUAUAGCAGAAAAAUUAACGCGUGCUCGUUCAGCAGAAACCACUGUUUUGGUAGAAAAGAACGGAGCUAUAGGAGAGGAAACCAGUUCUCGCAAUAGUGAGGUGAUUCAUGCAGGACUGUAUUAUCCAAUCGACAGUCUAAAGACAAGAUUGUGUAUCCAAGGAAACCGAAUGCUCUAUGAUAUUGCUGCCAGGAAAUCGAUUCCUCAUAAGCGUAUUGGAAAAUGGAUUGUGGCACAGACUCCUGAACAGCAUGAAUAUUUGACAAAAAUGCACCAGAAGGCUAAUUCGUUGGGAGUCGAAACUCAUUUCCUGGAUAAACAGCAGGCCAACAAACUGGAACCAGAAAUCCAGUGUCAUUCAGUGCUUGUUUCCCCUUCUACGGGUAUUGUGGAUAGUCAUGCACUAAUGGAGUAUCUGGCUGAGACUGCACAGCAACAAGGAGGUGACUUAGCUUUAAGUACACGUGUGCGUAAGAUUGAAACCUCUGAGGGACAGUAUAGAGUAACAAUUACAUCACCUCUGGAGAAUGAGCCGGACACAGUUGUGCUUGCCAAACGAGUAUUUAAUUCAGCUGGACUUCAUGCCGACAAGAUCAGCAAUAUGCUUAUGCCAGAUCGAUAUAAGCUGUACUAUGCCAAGGGUCAUUAUUUUUCUUAUAACGCUCCCAACAAUAUUCAGCACUUGAUUUAUCCUUGUCCGGAAAAGAAUUUGGCGGGCCUUGGUACUCAUCUUACACUGGACAUGGCAGGGCAGAUCAAAUUCGGCCCCGACGUGGAGUAUGUCGACAGACUUGAAUAUAAUGUUCCAGAUAAUCAGGAUAAGAUUAAGUCUUUUGGAGAUGCUAUUCAUCGGUAUUGGCCACCUCUAGAUCCUCAAAAACUUCAACCUUCGUAUGCUGGCAUUCGUCCAAAACUAGCACGACCUGGGGAAUCUUUUAGAGAUUUUGAAAUUCGAGAGGAAAGAGACUCUGGAUAUGCAAACUUUUAUACUUUGAUAGGUAUUGAAAGUCCUGGUCUGACUUGCUGUCUUGCCAUUGCAGACCAUGUUCAUGAACUCAUUAGAGAUUAA